GUGUGUUUUUUAGAUAAACCCCUGUGUGUUAGGCUUUCUUUUAUAUCCGCAAUGUCGUACCGGUAAGUGUGAUUUCAGUAAACUUUUAAAGUCCUUUUACCGAUAUGUACUUUUGAUACUCGAUAAAAAUCUUACGCUAAAAUGGAAAGUGGAAGACUAUCAAUCAUUCGGAGAAUGAGGCAAUCACGUGCGCCUUAUCUUCAUUUCGUUAUAAACAUAUCACAGAAAGUCAUAGCCUUCAGUCAUGGGAUGGAUAUGGAUAUAGUUCAAGCUAUCGUUUUAAUAGUCAUGAUCGUCCUUAUUCUUUUUACCCUACUAACCAAUUCAUGCUUGCUCUACAUUAUAACCACUCGUUCACGAUUACAGAGAGACCCGCCAAAUGUCUUCAUUGUAAAUUUAUGUGUGAUAGGUAUUGCAGCUUCAAUCACAAUCAUGCCUAUUUCUGUAACGAAUUUCCUCAUGGGAAGAUAUAGUUUACCUCACUUCUUCUGUCACGUAACCGGUUUCCUCAAUACUCUACUGACUUUAAGUGAUAUAUUUACAGUGUGUGCUGUCAGUGUCGAUCGAUAUAUUUUCCUGGCUCACCCUCUGUUACAUUCAACAAAUAUCACUGGAUUUAGGACUAUUAUAAUAAUCAUCGUCACAUGGAUCAUUUCUGUCAUCAUUUCCGUCCUACCACUUGUUGGUUGGGGUCGAUAUUCAUUUCAACCUAACAGAGCUAGAUGCUCUUAUUCUCUCAGCAGAGAACCUUACACUCGAAGUUACGUCAUUACUAUAGCAGUAGUUGGCUUCUUAUUACCGUUAAGCCUCUACUUGUGUAUGUACAUCGCCAUAUUUCACAUAGCUAAAUCGUCUCAAAGGCAAGUACGACCAACACCUUUAUGUAUAACCACGAUUAGUCAAUUAACAGCUACAACAGUCAGCGAGAGAAGCUCCGAUACAUCCAUUCUCUCUACGUCAUUAACUAUUAUAGGGUUUAAAAAAAUUUCGAAAGCAGCAAAAACUCUUCUACUAAUAACUGGGACUUUUAUAUUUUUCUUUUCUCCUCAAUUUUUGGUUGAACUUUUCACCUACGAAGAUAAUUUACCUUACGAAGCCGGUUUGUUCCUAUCCUGGCUAAACUACGCCAGUUUGGCACUCCAUCCGAUCCUCUACAGUUGCCUAAAUUGUUUCAUCAGGGAAGAGAUCGUAGCUUUUCUUCGAAGCCUCAAAACGUGUUGCUGCUAUAAUAAUAGCGAAAUCACGAAUGGUAGCGGCGAGGUCGAAAGCUUUUACCAAUUUUUAGAAAGAACUUCCGUCAUUAAUGACGUGGAGAUCGAAAGAACUAAUUUGUGACGUAGUUAUAAAUCUCUCGGUGGGUAUAUAUUAUUGUUAUAACUUAUGAAAUUACUAUUUAAUUCGAUGCAAAUUUCACAUUUAUGUAUAUUAUAAGAGCACAUUUCAAACAAUAAAUUAAUAUUAAUAAAGUUUUUUUUGGGUAUAUUUCCUGAUAACAAGAACCGCACAGAAAAUAGAGAUAAUUCACGAAUAAUCCUUUAAAAUUCGUAUAAUUUCACUUUAAUUCUGAAGUUAUAUUAUAUUAAUUUCAAAACUGAUACGAAGUACUUUAAAAUCAAAGUAAACGCAUCAAUUCUCUCUCAUUUCCCUUCCAGCUAAAUAUAAAAAUUUUUUUAUGAGGGAAGAUACCAAAAAUAGAAGAUAGUAAGGAUAAAAAAUAAUGGCACAAUAACUUAUAUAUUGUCAAAUUAUUAACUGUUAAGUGCAUU